AUGGCUAUUGCGGAUGCGGACUACCGAUUUAUAUAUAUUGAUGUCGGGUGCAAUGGCAGAGUUUCGGACGACGGCGUUUUUGGAAAGUCCACAUUUCAGAAAGCUUUGGACAAUAACACACUGAGAUUGCCUUUACCACAACCAUUGCUAAAUCGUGACCGUGAUUGUCCAUACUUGUUAGUGGCGGAUGAUGCAUUCCGCAUGCAAAAGCACAUUUUAAAACCAUACCCUGGUAAAAAUUUAACUGCCGGUCAACGCAUAUUCAAUUACCGAUUGUCACGUGCUAGGCGCGUUGUCGAAAAUGCAUUUGGCAUUAUGGCAAAACGGUUUCAAAUUUUAUAUCGACCAAUUCAACUGAAUGAGCAUAAAACGACCCAAAUAACACUGGCCUGCUGUGCCUUGCAUAAUUUUUUAAUAAAAAAAAAUGCCAGUUAUUUGGAAGGUUUAACUACAGAUAGGAAUGAUCAACAAGACAAUUCAGUUCAUGAGCAACAAGGAGCAGAGGAACGUCCAACGACAUACAUAACCAAUGAAGCCAAAGAAAUUCGUGAGGAGUUCGAACAAUAUUUUAUGACAGCCGCUGAAGAAAUACCAUUUCAAUAUAUGUAG